AUGGUGAAAUUUCUGAAGCCGAACAAAGCUGUGAUCGUCCUUCAAGGUCGAUAUGCAGGGAAGAAAGCUGUGAUCGUGAAGAACUUUGACGACGGAACCCGUGAACGUGCUUAUGGUCAUGCUUUGGUGGCUGGGAUCAAGAAAUAUCCCAGCAAGGUUAUAAAAAAGGAUUCCGCAAAGAAAACCGCCAAGAAGUCUCGUGUGAAGGCGUUUGUGAAGCUUGUUAACUACCAGCAUCUUAUUCCUACCCGUUACACUUUGGAUGUUGAUCUUAAGGAGGUGGUUACCAAUGACGCGCUCUUGAGUAAGGACAAGAAGGUUACUGCUUUGAAGGAGGCCAAGAAGAGGUUUGAGGAGAGGUUCAAGACCGGGAAGAACAGGUGGUUCUUUACCAAGCUCAGGUUUUGA